GCUCAGCUGUGCUGGGCUGGCGCGGCUUGAGCCGCCGCCGCACUGACAGCGCCGUCUGCGGACCAUGGAGACUGGCGCCGGCCCGCACCCGCUGCGCCUGCUCGUCUGCCUGAUGCCGCUGUGUCUCGCGCUGCUUUUGGGACGCGGGCGGCCCGGGACCGCCGAGGAAGUCAUUCUCCUGGAUUCCAAAGCCUCCCAGGCUGAGCUGGGCUGGAUUGCACUGCCAAGCAAUGGGUGGGAGGAGAUCAGUGGCGUGGAUGAACACGACCGUCCCAUCCGCACAUACCAGGUGUGCAAUGUGCUGGAGCCCAACCAGGACAAUUGGCUGCAGACGGGUUGGAUCAGCCGCGGGCGUGGGCAGCGCAUCUUUGUGGAGUUGCAGUUUACACUUCGCGACUGUAGCAGUAUCCCUGGCGCCGCAGGCACUUGCAAGGAGACCUUCAACGUCUACUACCUGGAAACCGAGGCUGACCUGGGCCAUGGGCGUCCCCGCCUGGGAGGUAACAGACCCCGCAAAAUUGACACAAUCGCAGCGGAUGAGAGCUUCACGCAGGGCGACCUGGGUGAACGCAAGAUGAAGCUGAACACAGAGGUGCGUGAGAUCGGCCCACUUAGCCGGCGGGGUUUCCACCUGGCCUUCCAGGACGUGGGCGCCUGCGUGGCGCUGGUCUCUGUGCGUGUCUAUUACAAGCAGUGCCGCGCUACGGUGCGGGGCUUGGCGGUGUUCCCAGCCACCGCGGCCGAGAGUGCCUUCUCCACGCUGGUGGAAGUGGCCGGGACGUGCGUAGCACACUCAGAAGGAGACCCUGGCAGCCCUCCGCGCAUGCACUGUGGUGCGGAUGGCGAAUGGCUGGUGCCUGUGGGCCGCUGCAGCUGCAGUGCGGGAUUCCAGGAGCGUGGUGACAUCUGCGAAGCCUGUCCCCCAGGGUUUUACAAGGUGUCCCCGCGGCGACCCCUCUGCUCGCCCUGCCCGGAGCACAGCCGGGCCCUGGAAAACGCCUCCACGUUCUGCGUGUGCCAGGACAGCUACGCACGCUCGCCCACCGACCCACCCUCGGCCUCCUGCACCCGUGAGUGCCCCUCCCCGCGGCUCAGCGGGGGUGGGCUCAACGGCGUCUCGGGGCCGGCGGCCGCCGCGGGAGCCACCUACGCGCAGGUCACCGUCUCCACCGGGCCCGGGGCACCCUGGGAGGAGGAUGAGAUCCGUAGGGACCGUGUGGAGCCCCAGAGCGUGUCCCUGUCGUGGCGGGAGCCCAUCCCCUCUGGAGCCCCUGGGGCCAACGGCACGGAGUAUGAGAUCCGGUACUACGAGAAGGGUCAAAGUGAGCAUACUUACUCCAUGGUGAAGACAGGGACACCUGCGGUCACUGUCACCAACCUGAAGCCAGCUACCCGCUACGUCUUCCAGAUCCGGGCCGCUUCACCAGGGCCCUCUUGGGAGUCCCAGAGCUUCAACCCCAGCAUUGAAGUGCAGACCCCAGGGGAGGUCACUUCAGGGUCCAGGGACCAGAGCCCUGCAGUUGUCGUCACCGUGGUGACCAUCUCAGCCCUCCUCGUCCUAGGCUCUGUGAUGAGUGUCCUGGCCAUUUGGAGGAGGCCCUGCAGCUAUGGCAAAGGAGGUGGCGAUGCCCAUGAGGAAGAGGAGCUGUACUUCCACUUCAAAGUCCCAACGCGUCGCACUUUCCUGGAACCCCAGAGCUGCGGGGACCCGCUGCAGGCUGUGCAUCUGUUCGCCAAGGAGCUGGAUGCGAAAAGCAUCACUCUGGAGAGGAGCCUUGGAGCAGGGCGGUUUGGGGACCUGUGCUGUGGCUGCUUGCAGCUCCCUGGCCGCCAAGAGCUGCCUGUGGCUGUACACACGCUGAGAGAUGGCUGCUCAGACUCGCAAAGGCUCAGCUUCCUGGCUGAGGCCCUCACUCUGGGCCAGUUUGACCACAGCCACAUUGUGCGACUGGAGGGGGUUGUCACCAGAGGAAGCCCCUUGAUGAUUGUUACUGAGUACAUGGGCCAUGGGGCCCUGGACAGCUUCCUCAGGCAUCAUGAGGGGCGGCUGGUGGCUGAGCAGCUGAUGGGGCUCCUGCCUGGACUGGCAUCAGCCAUGAAGUAUCUGUCGGAGAUGGGCUAUGUCCACCGGGGCCUCGCCGCCCGCCGUGUGCUGGUCAGCAGUGGCCUCAUCUGUAAGCUCUCUGGCUUUGGGCGGGGCCCUCGAGACCGAGCCGAGGCUGUCUACACCACCAUGAGUGGCCGGAGCCCAGCGCUCUGGGCCGCCCCUGAGACACUUCAGUUUGGCCACUUCAGCUCUGCCAGUGAUGUGUGGAGCUUUGGUGUUGUCAUGUGGGAGGUGAUGGCCUUCGGUGAGCGGCCCUACUGGGACAUGUCUGGCCAAGAUGUGAUCAAGGCUGUGGAAGAUGGCUUCCGGCUGCCGCCCCCUAGGAACUGUCCCUCCCCGCUGCACCGACUGAUGCUUGACUGCUGGCAGAGAGACCCAGGUGAGCGGCCCAGGUUCUCCCAGAUCCACAGCAUCCUGAGCAAGAUGGUGCAGGACCCAGAACCCUCGAAGUGUGCCACAACCACCUGUCCCAGGCCUCCCACUCCCCUUGCGGACCGUGCCUUCUCCACCUUUCCUUCCUUUGGCUCUGUGGGGGCCUGGCUGGAGGCCCUGGACCUGUGCCGCUACAAGGACAGCUUUGCGGCGGCUGGCUAUGGGAGCUUGGAGACUGUGGCAGAGAUGACCUCCCAGGACCUGGUGAACCUGGGCAUCUCCUCCGCUGAACAUCGAGAGGCCCUCCUGAGUGGGAUCAGCGCCCUGCAGGCUCGAGUGCUGCAGCUGCAGGGCCAGGGGGUGCAGGUCAAAGUGCUCCCUUCCCCAGCUGUUCUGUGGAGGGACUCCUGGCUGUGCUGGAGGACUUCGGCAUCCAGGGUAGAUCUCCCCUCCGCUGAGGAGUGAGGUCCAGAAUUGCUGUGGGUCCCAGGCCUUAGCCCUAUGCAGGUGCUGGCCUGAUGCAGGGCGAUGGGUCUCGAGGAGCCCUUUAAAGAUCUAUUUUUGUAUGGAACUUGUUCACUGGACAGAAGGAGGUGGCCUGCAACCCCCAUCGCCCCUGUCGGCCCACCCAGGAAGGGAGGGGGCCUUUUGGGGAGGUGACUAAUUUUGGAGAUGUUUUUAUAUUUCUUGGGUUCUAUAUGCAGGACAAAUAAAAACUUGUCUGUGAUA